AUGAUUUGGGAUGCCAGCGAUGCGAACCCCAUGCACCGGCGGCUACCCGCCGAGGUUGUAUCGCGGCGCCGAGCCGACAAGAAGCCAAAAGCGCCCGAACCCACCACGGACGAGGUUGUGGUCGACCUGAAGACCGCGAUCACCUUGAAGCCUGAAGCCAGGACCAAAUGGCUCAGCAAGGCCUGUGCAAUGGUGGAGCAGGGCAAGGCCAAGCCGACGGACCUUUACGACAUCGUCACAAACCGCAAGUUCUCCGGAGGCUUGCCCGACCGGGUCGGUCGCAAGUUGGCCAGCAUCAUCCGUGACAGCUUUUCCAUCUUCUCCGACAAGCAGCAGCGGUACUUGAACUCCACUGAGAGCCCCGUUCCAAUGCACCUCGCCACGCAAGAGGACGAGGAGGCAGAGGAGGAGGAGGCACCUCGGCGCCCAAAGCGUGCGCCACGCGAGGAGGCGCCAGCCACAGCCACGAUUCCAGAAAUCACGCUGAAAGAUGUCGACAACAAGGUAGCCAGCAGAAAAGAGAAGCCGCCGCCCCCUGGGCCGGUCGUCGAGGCCCCGAGGCCUCCGCCGGCGGAGAAUCGCGAGGACGAGGCACGGCGGCGGAAACUCGAGGAGGAGGCAGACAACAUUCUCGGAGCCCUGGUGCCCGGCCUGUCCGAUGCGGCGCCGCCCAUUUUCUCCAAGGCGGACGCUAGUCGCGGACGCUCUGUCUCGGGUGCCCGGUCCAUUGGCUCGCGGUCCAUCUCCUCACGAACAGCCCGAAGGCGGGCCCGCGAGCAGAAGACGAGGAAAGGCAGGGAUCGCGACGGCUCCUGGAGAAGUGGUGGAUCCGGUCUGUCGGGCUCGCGCGCCCUAUUGCUGAACCGCAACUACACCGAGGACCUGCCGCACAUGCCGCGGAAUGCAGCGACUUCCGCAAAUAUGACCUAUCAGCCGGAGCAAAAAAGGGAAAGGUCGCGCUCGAGGUCCCGUCGCCGGAGACGCUGA